AUGACCUGCGAUCAAUUGGAGACGGUUGAAAUAACCAAGUUAAAUGCUAUUGCUGCAGGUACAAACAAGAAAGUACCAAGAAUUGUGGCAGCAGGUUUAGGUGGUAGGUUGAUGGGUACUGCCGAUCUUGUUAAGGUGACUGCUGAAGAAAUUACCAAGGAUUCAAUGGAAUCCUUGGCUGAAAAGGAUGAACGUGAAAAGGCCAGAUACAAGAAUAAAAAACAUAUUUCGGAAGAGCCAUGGACAAGAGACAAUUUUUACAAAAAGAUCAACUGGCUUAAUGUUGUGUUGACUAUUGCUUUCCCAUUAUUUGGUUUUGCUUGUGCUAUAUAUUCACCACCACAACUAAAAACAUUGGUAUUGGCUUUUAUCUUGUAUGUGUUUAGUGGUGUUUCAAUUACUGCUGGUUACCAUCGUUUGUAUUCCCACAAAUCAUAUGACGCUGUAUUGCCUGUUCGUUUGUUUUUUGCAUUCUUUGGUGCUGGUGCCAUUGAAGGUAGUAUUAAAUGGUGGGGACAUUCUCAUCGUAUUCAUCAUAGGUAUACUGAUACUUCGAGAGAUCCCUAUGAUGCAAGAAGAGGUUUCUGGUUCUCGCACAUGGGAUGGAUGUUGAUGAAGGCCAAUCCUAAAAACAGAGCAAGAGCUGAUAUUUCUGAUUUAACCGCCGACUGGGUAGUUCGUGUUCAACAUACACACUAUUUCUUGUUUAUGCUUUUAUCCGCAUUUGUUUUCCCAACACUUGUGGCUGGCUUUUUAUGGGGUGAUUAUUGGGGUGGUUUCAUUUAUGCUGGAGUCUUGAAGUCGUUUUUCAUUCAACAAGUUACAUUUUGUGUUAAUUCGUUGGCUCACUGGAUUGGUGUACAGCCAUUUGACGAUAGAAGAACCCCUCGUGAUCAUGUGUUGACUGCAUUUGUUACAUUUGGUGAAGGAUACCAUAAUUUCCAUCACGAAUUCCCUAGUGACUAUAGAAAUGCAUUGAAGUGGUACCAAUAUGAUCCAACCAAGAUUGUUAUUUGGUGCUUAUCGAAAUUGGGAUUGGCUUGGAAUUUGAAAAUGUUUUCACAGAAUGCAAUUGAACAAGGUUUGUUACAACAACAACAAAAGAAGUUGGACAGAAUGAAACAGAAAUUGAAAUGGGGUACUAAAGUUGAAGAGUUGCCCGUUUGGACUAGAGAAGAAUUUAAUGAACGUGCAAAGAGUGAAGGUUUGAUUAUAAUAUCGGGUAUUAUUCACGAUGUAAAGCUGUUUAUCAAAGAACACCCAGGUGGACAAGCAUUGAUAAGAGCUUCCUUGGGUAAAGAUGGCACUAAAGCAUUUAGCGGUGCUGUAUAUGCUCAUUCUAAUGCUGCUCAUAAUCUAUUAGCUACAAUGAGAGUCGCUAUAGUGAAGGACGUUGCAUAUGAUGCAAAUACUUUCCGUGUACAAGAAGCAAUAAUUGAGAAGGAGCAAAAGGAGAAGAACAAUUGA